AUGGAACGUCAACGAAAGCGAGAGCUUCGCACCUUGAAUGAACGAGCUUGGGCUGGGGAGAGUGAUAUCUUCUCAGUUAGCAAAUCGCUCGAUUCGGCAUUGAAGAAAAACACCGCAUUUAUCAAACGUCUUCGUACCGGUAUCAGUGCUUCCGCCCAGCAGACCUUCCUCGCCGAUAUUCGCAUGCUGUCGCUGCAUAAAUACCUUUCCGAAAUAAUCUCCGCUUGCUACGAGGGUCUUUGCAAACUCAAGUCCCCCGGUGAGAUCGCCGUUGGCGUCGAGAUCGCGAGCGCACUGCACCAGCGAUUCGGACCUGCUGAGUUCACCAGGCAACUCGGAUGGCUAUUGGGUCGAGGAUUGAGCACACCAGACAAGUCUCAGUUGAAAGCACUCGCUCCGGAGCUACGCGAGAAGGAAGAGAAGGAGCGCCUCUCCCGGCACCGUGUCUUACUGCGCGUCGUCACUGAACUUUGGCUUGUGGGAAUGCUACGGACUUUGGAUGACAUCGAACGGCCGGAGGAUCUGGGGGCCAAGAAUAAAGAUGGCGUGGUUGGCAAGACACCUGAUACCGUGGCUCGAGGAAAACCGUCUGCGGACAAAGAAACUGAGCCUUUCCCGCUAGAAGUGUUGAAGGAUCUCCUGGGCCAUGACCGUCAGCAUGCAAAUUUGCCUCUUGCAGUCCUGUUUGUUAAGAGCUUUGGAUGGGACAUUCUAGGUGUGAAGGGUGUUGAAGAAGGUAGAAAGACGGUUGAGGCAGAUGGGGCUACGACAGCGGAGGCCACAGAGUCCAAGCAGAAUGGCACAGAUGUGAGCAAUGAGAACGAUGUUCCGCUUACCCCGGAGAAAACACAAAACCGCUUCAAGGCUAUCCUCAACCGCUAUCUGGAGGACGUCAAAGCACACGUUGUUCGUGACCAGAGAGCAUUGGCUGCGCAGAGUCGCCGGAACGCUGAAGCCUAUGUGAAGAGUGGUGAAAUUUUUGAAGACCGUCAAGCCACUUUCGACAAACAGUCUAAGAAUCUGGAAAAGCUGGUCUCCAACACGCAGGUUCUGUGUGAGGCUCUUGGUGUGGAGAUGCCCCCCUUGGCUGAACAGGAAACUGCUGAUCAAGCGUCAAGUGGUGGCAUUGGCCUCGUGAAGACCGCGGAGUAUUUGCGUGGCCAAGGUGAAGGAGCAGGAAUCUGGGAAGAUGAGGAAGAGCGGCGUUUCUACGAAAAUUUGGUUGACCUCAAAGGACAACAAGAGCGGAUGAUAAUUGAGAAUGCCAUUUACUACGUUGAUCCUCCGGAGCGACCUGCCAUCCAGCAGAAGGAGCGCACGCCUAUCGAGUCGUACAUUCGACGACUGAUCUACAUGGAUAUGAACAAGCGCAAUUACACUAGGAUCUUGAAGUCAAUUCGUAAGCUUCACUGGGAGGAACAAGAUGUUGUCAAUAUCCUGGAACGUAUCUUCAGCAAACCAGUCAAGGUUAGAUACGGCAACAUCCACCUUCUGACAAUACUCGUCAGCGCUCUGUAUAGAUAUCACCAGGACUUUGUCAUUGGCAUCGUGGACAAUAUCCUGGAGUAUAUCACCCUGGGACUCGAGCAGAAUGAGUUCAAGUUUAACCAAAAGCGCAUUGCUGAGGUUAAAUAUUUGGGAGAGCUGUACAACUACAAGAUGAUCGAUUCGCCUGUGGUAUUUGAUACCUUGUAUCGGAUCGUCACUUAUGGUCAUGAGGGCGGCACUCCCAUCCCUGGGAAGAUCAAUCCUCUUGAUUUGCCGGACGAUUUCUUCCGUAUCCGUUUGGUCUGCACUAUACUGGAUACCUGCGGCCACUGCUUUGAUCGUGGGUCUGCGAAGAAAAAGUUGGACUUUUUCCUCACGUUCUUUCAGUAUUACAUCUUUACGAAAGAGCCCCUGCCAAUGGAUGUCGAUUUUCUUGUUCACGACACCUACUCUGUGACGCGUCCUCAAUGGAAGCUCGCUGGCGACCUGCAAGAAGCGACGAUCAUAUUUAGCGAAGCAGUUGCGCAGAACUACAAGACGCAAGAUGCCGGAAAGCAUAUGGAGCCCGAGCCUGAGGAAGAGGAUGCGGAGAGCAGCUCAUCCGAUGAGGGUUUAGAGGAAGACGCCAUGCCGGAAGUGGACGAUGAACAAGAGUCCAGUGACGAAGCUGAGGCUGAGGCAUCUGGUCCGAAUGCAGAGCAAAACGGCGACAGCGAAUCCGAAGACGAGGUCUUCGUUGGACGCCAGGAAGAGGAACGAGAUCCACAAGCGGAGGCUGAAUUCGACAGGGAGCUCGAGAAGAUGAUGGCGGAUAGCGUUGACUCGCGCAGGUUCGAGCGGAAGGCUGUUUUCGAUGUUCCAUUGCCGAUGAAACGGUCUGGGCGGGAUGCCAGUGGUGCGGAGAGCACUGAGAGCUCUCAGGGUCAGGCAAAUACCAUGGCCUUUUCCUUGAUGACGAAGAAAGGAAACAAGCAGCAGACGCGUACUAUCGACCUGCCAUCUGAUUCCAGCUUUGCCCUUGCAAUGAAGAGCCAGCAACAAGCGGAUCGUGAGGAACAGCAGCGGAUUAAGAACUUGGUUCUCAACUACGAGAAGUCGAAUGAAACCGAGAACACUGAUGUUUCCGAGAAGCGUACACCUCCCCGAGACACCAGAAUCGACAAGUCUGCUGCCAACCGCACUGCAUUCCGCUCACGGAAGCUCCAAUUGAGUGAUGUCAACUGGUAA